GGUUCAAGGCCAGAACGCACACAGCUUCGAGGGUGGCGUUCUGCCGAGGCGAUAUCAGUGCCAGCACAGCGAUGAUCCUCUAGAGUGGCGUGAUGGCAGGAAAACAAGUUACUACUGGCCCAGUUCUUUCCUCGCGAGUGUUUCCACCGAAGAGCAAGUUCGUUUCACGAGCACGUGUAAAGUGCUUGGUCUUGUCAGUGUGUUACAGAUUGGAGAAGGAACUGCAGAAUUAGGCCUUUGACUUCUCAUCAGGAGUAAUGCGGGGGAUCAGUAAAUGCUUGUGAAAAGACCUCAUUUAUGUUUCUGCGACAAGAGUUGCCUGUUAGGUUGGCAAAUAUAAUGAAAGAAAUAAGUCUCCUUCCAGACAAUCUUCUCCGAACUCCAUCUGUACAGCUGGUACAAAGUUGGUAUAUCCAGAGUCUUCAGGAGCUGCUUGGUUUUAAGGACAAAAGUGCUGAAGAUGCUAAAACUAUUUAUGAAUUCACAGACACAGUGAUAAGGAUCAGAAACCGGCACAAUGAUGUCAUUCCAACCAUGGCCCAGGGUGUGACUGAAUACAAGGAGAGCUUCGGGGUGGAUCCCGUCACCAGUCAAAAUGUCCAGUACUUUUUGGAUCGAUUCUACAUGAGUCGCAUUUCAAUUAGAAUGUUACUCAACCAACACUCUUUAUUGUUUGGUGGAAAAGGAAGCCCAUCUCAUCGAAAACACAUUGGAAGCAUAAAUCCAAACUGCGAUGUAGUCGAAGUUAUUAAAGAUGGCUAUGAAAAUGCUAGGCGGCUUUGUGAUUUGUAUUAUGUUAACUCUCCUGAACUAGAACUUGAAGAACUAAAUGCGGUUUCACCAGGACAGACAAUACACGUGGUUUAUGUACCAUCCCAUCUCUAUCACAUGGUGUUUGAACUGUUCAAGAAUGCAAUGAGGGCAACCAUGGAGCACCAUGCCGACAAAGGUGUCUACCCCCCGAUUCAAGUUCACGUCACACUGGGCGAGGAGGAUUUGACCGUGAAGAUGAGUGACCGGGGAGGUGGUGUUCCCCUUAGGAAGAUUGACAGACUCUUCAACUACAUGUACUCGACUGCACCCCGGCCUCGUGUUGAGACGUCCCGUGCAGUGCCGCUGGCUGGAUUUGGUUAUGGAUUGCCCAUCUCACGCCUCUAUGCACAAUACUUCCAGGGAGACCUAAAGCUGUAUUCCUUGGAGGGCUACGGGACUGAUGCUGUUAUUUAUAUUAAGGCUCUGUCAACAGAAUCCAUCGAGAGACUCCCUGUGUAUAAUAAAGCUGCCUGGAAGCAUUACAGAACCAACCAUGAGGCUGACGACUGGUGUGUCCCCAGCAGAGAGCCCAAAGACAUGACCACAUUCCGAAGCUCUUAGGUGCAUGUGGGACGGCUGGAAAAUCCAAAUGUGGCUUAUGCUGAGUUUGGAAGAGAUGUGUUUAGAGCCACAUUGUACCAAAUAUGUCACGUGUGAUUUUCACAGUUCACGUUUGCUAAAGCUCCUGAAGGAUCAAUUACACCAACUUUAUUCUGACAUGUUUGGUUAAUUGGACAUAUUUUUAAACACUCAUAGUUUUGGUCAACUUCCCUCUGUGCGGUAGACGUAUGGAGUGUGAAGUCUCUGGGUUUCUGUAGGAAGUUGACGAUUUUUUUUUUUCAAGUUUUCAUUUAUGUCUGCUAGAAACAUCUAAAGGAUGCGGAGUAGCUGGUUAGCCACCUGCUUUGGAGCUCUGUCAUCUGUUAGUGGUAACACCUAAUCAGAUGGUUUUCUCAUCCCCCAUGAAAGCAGAACACAGUGGUACCAGUAGGACCUUUCAGCGCCUACAUGCAUUGUCCACUGCAAUUAACUGAUCACGGCAUAGUUUUAUUGCAGUGCAUGGUAAUGACUGGUUCCUCACAGAGCUAAGUCCAGAAUCAUGGGUAGUGGGCUCAGGAUCAGUGCAAGGGUUUCCUUUGAAAACAGUGUCUUGCUGCGUAGCCCUAGCUGGCCUUGAACAGAAUGCCCUUCCUUAGCCUCCUGAGCGCUGCAACAAGAAGGGUGUGUCUGGCUUAUAAGAGAAAUGUUUAUUUCCCAAGCAAGCAAAGUAGCAGAGAAUAAACUAGGGCGAAGGCACCAGUGUCCGACUGAACCCACGGACUGUUGAGAUUAUCUGACGGAGCUUCUGAAGAACUGGCUUCUCUGGGUCCUGUCCCAGGCAUCCAGAGGCUGAAGGCCAGAGAUGAGUUUCUCCAAUUAGGUGAGGCUCAUGGCAGGCCUGGCUAAAACCACACUUCAGAGUGAAUAAUGACACCACUGCUGUUGUCAAAGUGACAGAAUGGAUCGGGAACCUUUGGUUUCCUGUUUCCAGGUCAGAUUGCUAGACUUUAGGGGACAUAAUCCGAACCUCAGGCCUGGUACAAUUGAAAGCAGAAUCAGGAACAGGGAGACAAGGAUGACCCCAGUCACUUUGGUUUUAAGUGGUGACUACAGGCACGUAUAUUGUUCAAAAAGUGCCCAGAUUUUUUUGUUUUGUUUUUUAAUCAGAGAAAAGUCAGCUUAGAUUGGCUACAAAAAUCCUUCUCAUCUGUGUGGUCAUUUAAGGUUUGCAAUUGCUUUGAGAUAUUAGGACGUUAUUUGUGUCACAACACAGAGCCGUGGAGCAGGUAGUGACACCUUUGUUCUCACUCAGAGUGACCCGAAGUCACACAGAAUUGGAGCCCCAGCCUGAGCUAUCCCUGCUCAUCGCAGUCUUACUGGAUCUGUUGAGUGAUGAGGAAAUACUUUGAGAAUGUGCUUUCCCACCUAGACAGGAGGGAUUUGGGGGUUUGGUUUGGAAAAUGCUGUGACAGGGUUUAUCAAAUUUUACUGUGUCCCAUAAAUAUAUACAAUUUAAUACAAAAGCCAAAUCAUGCAACAUGGCACAAAAGAGGAUUUUUUUACCAAACAAUAGAAACGUUGUAGAUUGAGGAUGCUCCAGGAUGGUCGGCCCAGAACCCUCAUGGUCCAGGGCUUAGCUAAUAAGACCAAAUGCUGGAAAAGACACACCUCCUAGUGUUUCUAAUUGAGGACUUUGUAAGAAAUAGAAUGCGUUCCUGAGUGAUGUUUACUCCAUGUAUUACACUUACUAGCUUUAAAUUACAUUUUCCUGCAACGCUGAAGUAUUUUUGGAAUCUUUUGUACAACUGUCAAUAAACGUACUAUUUUUACUUGUGAAAUACUUUUCCCUCUCCAAGGAAUUAAAAAGUUUCCCCUCUGACUUAAGAGCUAAGAAAUGUUUUCAGACAAGAAGUAGAAUUAUUUUACUUCAGCCCCCUUUUAAAGCGUAGCACCUUUUUGCUUUGUUGUCGUGGUGAUGGAUGGAAAAUCAUGUGUGGAAAUGUUCUGGGGAGGGGGUCCUUUCUCAGACUGGCUUUUAAAGAUACCUAAAAGGCUUUUAGAUUCUUAAGGUGAGCUGUUUUGUUCGCUUGCAUUAAUUUUAUGUGGUAUAGAUAUAAAAAUAGAUUGAUAGUCGGGGAGUUGAUAGCAAGGGGUUUUUAUAACCUAGGAAGUUAAUGAGUGUGCCAGUGCUUUGUAGGAAAGGGAUUGUAAGAAUAUUCCACACUGAAGUUUAAAAUGCUACUUGGUUUCCAUGUCUUUAUAUUUAAAAAUGGUCAGUGUCUUCCACUGCAAAGUUUCUACAUGGAGAUAGCGAAGCAGAAUUUUACUGUAUUUUAAGAGACUUUCCCAGUGACAGUGAGCGGAAAACUUGGAUCAGCUCUUUUUAAAAUAAUUUUGAGUCACUUACGGGAUACACCCAUGUCUUCUAAAGAGUGAUCUCUCUCAUCAUCAAGGCUCAACAUUCUAUAAACAUCCCAGAAAUUGUAGGUCGGUGUCAGCACACCGACUCGGCAGGUAAAAGCAGUGGCCACCAAGCCUGGCAACCUAGUUCUUUUCUCAGAACACACCUGGUGAAGUAGAGAACCAACUAAUCCAUCAUCUGUCUUCUGCAUGUGUGCGGCAAGUGGGCAUCCCCUGUACAUACUACACAAAAUAAAAUGAAACCAGUGGUAGCCAGGUGUCUUAUCCUCUCUUAACUAUCUCUAAUAGUCAAGAGGUGUUUGAGGCAGGUCUCCACUGUGUAUGGUUUAGUGGGGAAGCAGGUAGUUGAGUUUGUGUGGUUCGAGUUACUCUAGGCUUUUGUUAUCUAAUACCCUGCCAAUGAUUGACUUUUACUGCAUCGAUGGAAAACUGAUGUAAAAUUUGAAAAGCUAUAUAAAUAAAUCCGAGUAACUUUCCACAGUACAAACGAUUGUAGAAAAGGGCUUAAUUUAACCAGCACUACUUUCUACCUAGUACUAAUGGAGUGUCUAAACUCUCAGAGUCAAGACAGAUCACAUCCUAUUCCUCACAGACAGCAUGGGAGCACAUCUUCCUCUCUGUUAAAAUCAGUAAGUUCCAGCCAGCAUGGUGGCACACGUGUAAGGGAUCUAUCUCUUUAGUGUGAGCCAGCCUGGUCAGCCGAGGGAGUUCAUGCCAGUCAACUCUACAUAGUCCCUGUGGUUUUUGUAUGUUUUAAAAUCAACAAGGUCCAGAGCAAAUUACAGAGGGAGGGGAAAGAGUUGUGUGGCUCUGAGAAUGCCAAUUAGGGAGGAACCCCAGCCGAUAAACUUUGAGUUUCAUCAGUUUUACAAGGAAAUGUGAAGCUUCAGAGGAUAGAUGGCCAGGUUGAAUUUGGUUGUUUUUACUGGUGGACCGUCUCAUUAUUUGAUUAACUUCUGGUCUCAAUACUAAUAAUUUUCUCAAAGUCUAACCCAAGACACUCAAAGAAUAAUGCUUUGUGAAGGUUUUUUAAUGUCAGAAAUGAAUGCAUUCCUAUUUUACUUAGUCCUGGCAUUUGCAAACUGCCAUUCAUACCAUUUGUCUACUUUUGUGUUUGGAAAGAAUUAAACAUUUUACUGCCCA